CAACCUGGACCCGGAGGAUAUUUGGUGACGGACACGCUUCCUUCUCACAAUACCGCAGCAUGAAGAAGGAGCAAGUUGUCCACUGUCAGUUCUCGGUUUGGUAUCCGAUAUUUAAGAAACACACGAUUAAAAGUCUGAUCCUUCCACUGCCUCAGAAUGUAAUAGACUAUUUGCUGGACGAUGGGACACUGGUAGUCUCUGGAAGUGAUCACAACUCUCAGCCGACACAAACCAACAACAGCGACUCGGAUGCUGAGGAAGACGUUCAGUGGUCAGAUGACGAGACAACAGCCACAGCCACUGCACCCGAAUUCCCAGAAUUCACCUCGACAGUGCUGGAGGCCAUAAACGCCCUGGGUGGGCGUGUCUUCCCCAAACUCAACUGGAGCGCUCCGCGGGAUGCCAACUGGAUCGCCCUGAACAGCUCGCUGCAGUGCCGCAGCCUCAGCGACAUAUUCCUGCUCUUCAAAAGCUCCGACUUCAUCACGCACGACCUCACGCAGCCAUUCCUUCAGUGUAGCGACCAGGACUCUCCAGAUCCAGUCAUCAAUUAUGAGCUGGUUUUGAGGAAGUGGAGCGAGCUGAUUCCUGGUGGAGAGUUUCGCUGCUUCGUCAAAGAAAACAAGCUGAUUGCGAUCUCCCAGAGGGACUACACGCAGUACUACCAGCACGUCCUGAAGCAGGAGGAGCACAUCUCCCAGGCCAUCCAGGCGUUCUUCAGCCAGCACGUCCAGUACAACUUCCUGGACGAGGACUUCGUGUUUGAUGUGUACAGAGAUAGCCAGGGGAGGGUGUGGCUCAUCGACCUGAACCCGUUCGGAGAGGUGACCGACUCGCUGCUCUUCAGCUGGGAGGAGCUGAUGUCUGGUGGAGAAAUCGCCCAUCAGCUGCAGGACGGCCCCGCGUUCCGCUGCACCACCAGCGAGGUGACGGUGCAGCCCAGUCCCUGUCUGAGCUACAGAAUCCCGCGGGACUUUGUGGACCUCUCCACCGGAGAGGACGCCUACAAACUCAUGGACUUUCUGAAACUGAAGAAGAGCCAGCAGGAGGAAUCUGAAGAGGAGGAAGAGGAAGAGAAUCCUCCACAGUGAUGACAGCCUUCUAUGUAAAGUGUGUGUAGAGACUGUUGCCCUCUCUGUCGUUUUCUCUUCAUGCUGUUUUCACCCAGUGGUCUGUACCAGCUCCUUUAAACUGAGUUACGGCUGUGAAACGGAACGUGUUAAUUUAACGACUCGCGCUACCAACCCCCGAAGACCCAAUUUUUCUGUCAGGUUUUCGCCUUCCUCUGUACCUGGGACAGAGACCUCUGCAGAGUUGAUUGUAGGGUGUUGUAUUGUAUAGAUUGCCUGCUUUUAUAUAUAGAAAUGAGUUCUGGACAGGUAUGUGGAAAAAAAACUAAAAACACCCAAUUAAAUAUUAACUUCUUCUCA